UUUGUACCACAGACAGAUAGGGAGAGGGAGAGAAAGCAGAGUGGCAGGGGAGAGACCGAGCCGAAGUGAGUGAGAGAAGAGCAGAAAGUUUGUGUACAAAGACUCCCCCCACUUCUAGUAAUGUUUCACCUGAUAGCUGCGGUGAUAAAGGGCUGAGGGAGCUGCUUACUUUUGGACUUAAAGGGCUGAGAGUUACAGGAAAGUUAGCAGUGGUUCUGCUUCAGUUUUAGAACUGCAAGCAGUUGGCAGCACAGCUGUCUCUCUCUCGCUCUCUCUUUAACGGACUGAAAAGGGCUACUAGUUAAAGGGGAAAAAACAGUUUGACUGACUUUCUGGGGAAAAAAAUAAAAGCAGUUCAGGGUGGAAGGACUUUCACGCUGGCGUUUUGAGUUUCUUUUUUUUUAACCCUUGCUUUGUUGUAUUGAGACAAUUUUCUGAGAGGAGACAGGGGCUCAGUGGGUUUUUAAGAAGCACUUUGUAUUUUAUUUUAUUAAUGAGGAUACAGGGCAUGACCAGGGAACUCAAGGGAAGCUUCUGAAGAGCAGCAGCAGGGAAGAGAUGGGUCUGUUGAGCGUGGACCUGUUGAUCACGCUGCAGAUCCUGCCGGUUUUCUUCUCCAAUUGCCUCUUCCUUGCACUCUAUGACUCGGUGGUCCUCUUGAAGCACAUGGUGCUUCUCCUGAGUCGCUCCAAAUCGGCACGUGGCGAGUGGCGAAGGAUGCUGACAUCGGAGGGGCUGCGCUGUGUCUGGAAUAGCUUCCUCCUGGAUGCCUACAAACAGGUGAAAUUGGGCGGAGAAGCCCCCAACUCCAAUGUGAUUCAUAUUGCUAAUGACACUGAAGAGAGCAGCACCAGAUGGAAGAGCUCCAGUGGAAUGUAUGGAACCAAGUGUCACCUUCUAGACUUUGCCACUUCAGAGCGUCCGUUGGUGGUCAACUUUGGCUCAGCCACCUGACCCCCCUUCACAAACCAGCUGUCAGCCUUCGGCAAGCUGGUGGAAGAGUUCUCCAGUGUGGCUGACUUCUUGUUAGUCUACAUUGAUGAGGCUCACCCAUCAGAUGGCUGGGCUGCUCCUGGUGUCUCAUCCUCCUUCGAUGUAAAGAAACACAGGAACCAAGAAGACAGAUGUGCAGCUGCUCACCAGCUCCUGAAACGUUUCUCUUUGCCACCUCAAUGCCAGAUUGUGGCAGACUGCAUGGACAAUAAUGCCAAUGUGGCCUACGGGGUCUCCUUUGAGCGUGUGUGCAUAGUACAAAGACAAAAAAUUGCCUACCUGGGGGGCAAGGGCCCUUUUUUCUACAAUCUCCAAGAAGUCCGACUUUGGUUGGAGCAGAACUUUAGGAAGAGAUGAACUUCAGACUUACCAGAAGAAACUAGGUUGAUAAUACUGCCCCUCUAGAGUGAUGCAGAAGGGAAAGAAAC